AUGUCACCCACCAUGCCCACCUUCAUCUCCCGCCUCCUCCGCCCCUUCACCUCCAGCGCCUCCCUCUCCAUCACACCCCCUGGCCCCAUCCCCGCCGGCGCGGAGAAAGCCACCCUCGCCGCCGGCUGCUUUUGGGGCGUCGAGCACAUGUUCCGCAAGCAAUUCGCCGACAAUGGCCUCUAUGACGCGCGCGUGGGUUAUAUCGGCGGUGACACUACGAGCCCCAGUUACCGCAGCGUGUGUUCCGGGUCUACCGGCCACGCCGAAGCCGUGCAACUCACCUUCGACCCCGCCACCCUCUCAUACACGACCCUUCUCGACUUCUUCUACCGAAUGCACGAUCCCACGACGCGCGACUCGCAGGGGCCGGACAGAGGCUCGCAAUACCGCAGCGGGAUCUACUUCCACUCCGCGGGACAAAAAGAGGAUGCGUGCAAGGUGACCGAGAAGGCGAGCAAGCAGUGGUGGGGCGGGAAGGUGGUGACGCAGAUUCUGCCGGCAGGGGAGUGGUGGGAUGCUGAAGACUACCAUCAGCGGUACUUGGAUGUUAACAAGGGAGGGUAUGAGUGCCCGAGUCACUUUUUAAGGGACUUUCCGAAGCUGCAGUAG